AUGAACCGGAUGGAGUCGAAUGACUGGAUGAUUGUAAUCGCCCUGAUCUUGUCAUUUGUCUUCAUGGCAUUGUUCAUCGUGGAGGCCCUCAAUGGCGUGGGUAUGCAUGCUGUAGAUAUCCCACCACCCAUCAUGCUCAAACAGAUGAAGGCAUUCUGGGUCACCAUCCCCUUCUACAACGCCGCAUUACUCUGUGCCAAAGCGUCCAUUCUCAUGCAGUACUGGCGUGUCUUCCCCACGAGACGUAUGCGCUGCAUUUCGUGGAUCAUGAUCGGCGUGCUGGCCACCUACGGGACGUGGGCCGUCUUGAGUGCCUUUCUCAAUUGCAUCCCCGUGGCCAAAUUCUGGGACCCUUCGCUGCCCGGGUACUGUUUGAGCUCGAAAGGACUCUGGUUCUCGAAUGCUUCCAUGCACAUUGCCACCGACCUUGCCAUUUUGCUCAUUCCCCUCCCGGCCUUGUAUGCACUGGAUCUUCCCAGGAGGCAGAAGAUCGCCUUGAUGUCUAUCUUUGCGUUGGGCGGAUUUGUCUGUGUCACAAGCGUUUGCCGUCUCGUCGCUUUGAAGAAGAUUGCGGACUCAGAUGAUCCCACCUACGACAACGUCGACGCGGCAACCUGGUCCGCCAUCGAAUGCAACACCGGCAUCAUCUGCGCGUGUCUCCCGACCCUCCGCCCGCUGAUCUCUCGCAUCCUCCCACAUCUGCUCUCGACAUUAAGCACCGGCGGCCCGGACUAUGGCAACGCGCCCCUGUCGCACGGCCACGCUCCCACAUACUGGAACGGCACGGGCACCGUAUCCACGACCAUCACGGCCAUGGACGACCUGGAAUACGGGCAUUGCACCUCCGACGCCGAUCGAGUGUUGACUCUUGCGCCGGGGACCGACGCCAACGGCAAAGAGAAACUCAUGCUGAAAGAGGCCAAAACGGCGCAGGAGCUCAAAGAGGCUGCCGUCACGAUCGAAUCUCGCAAUGGAUCGUCUUCCUCGUCGUCACCGUCGCGAUGA